UUUGUUUUUUUACUCUCACUGUGUCCAGUAGCUUCGUACUUCUUCAUGUGUGUAGUUUGAGUUGGGUUUAUUGAACUUCCAACUUCUAUUUGGAAUUCAUGUCAGGACCACCCUCAUCCAUGUUUGCCUUUACCUUCUUCUAUGCUCUCUUAAUCAUCACUAGCCUUGUCAAUGUUGCUCAUGCCCAGAAUCAAACAAAAGCUGCUACAGAUCCUAAUGAAGUGAGAGCUUUAAACUCAAUCUUUCAAGAAUGGAAGAUAUCACCAAUCCCGGGUCAAUGGAAUAUAAGCGGGGAGCCAUGCAGUGGUGCUGCAAUUGACAACACCAGCUUUACAGACACGGAUUACAACCCCUUUAUCAAAUGUAAAUGUUCAUACAAAAAUGGCACCGUUUGCCAUAUCCUUGAACUGAAGGUUUUUGGAUCGGACGUUGAUGGUGAGCUGCCAGACGAGCUAUGGACUUUGACUUUCCUCACCAAUGUGGAUCUAGGCCUAAAUUACUUAACUGGUCCCAUCCCCGCAUCCAUUGGCAACUUAACUGGAUUGCAAUACCUGAACUUUGGCAUUAACAGAUUAUCAGGAAAGCUUCCAAAGGAACUUGGGAAGCUUACUAAUCUAUUAUCACUGGCAUUUGGGUUUAACAACUUCUCUGGUCCUCUGCCAUCUGAGCUUGGGAAUUUAACCAAAUUACAACAAUUGUAUGCUGAUAGUUCUGGAGUUAGUGGCGAGGUCCCGCCAACAUUUGCUAAUCUAAAGAACCUGAAUGUAAUGUUGGGAUCAAACACUGGGCUCACUGGUCGGAUACCUAGCUUCAUAGGGAAUUGGUCAAAUCUUCAAACCUUGAGGCUUCAAGGAAACUCUUUUGAAGGCCCUAUACCAUCGUCAUUUUCCAAUUUAACUUCUUUGAUGGACUUGAGAAUAGGUGAUUUAUCUAAUGGUAGCUCUUCACUGGCAUUCAUUAAGGAAAUGAAGUCUCUAAGCAUCUUGAUUUUAAGGAAUAACAACAUUUCUGACUCAAUUCCAGUUACCAUUGGAGAAUACCAAUCCUUAUGGCAGCUGGAUUUGAGCUUCAACAGCAUAACUGGACAGAUUCCAGACUCGCUUUUCAGCAUGAAUUCGCUCUCUCACCUGUUUCUUGGAAACAAUAAAUUAAAUGGUACCCUGCCAGCAUCAAAAAGUUCGACUCUUCACAAUAUUUGCUAUGGAUCUGUGGGCUAUGGUUUUGGGUUUAUUUGGAGUAAGCUGGGUUAUGCUGCAAUCCGUUUUGGGGCACUUAGAGUGUUGGCAAGAGAUUUGUCCUACAAUAAUUUAGUUGGGAGCUUUCCUUCUUGGAUCAACGAAGAAAAUCUUCAACUCAAUAUAGUUGUCAACAACUUCACUAUCGGAAGUUCAAACAGCAGUGGUUUGCCUUCAGGUUUGAACUGUCUUCAGCGGAACUUCCCUUGCAAUCGAGGGUCUGGAAGUGGAAUCUAUUAUAAUUUUUCAAUCAAGUGUGGUGGUCCGCAGAUCACUUCUUCUGGGAUUGUUUAUGAUAGGGAUAACGAGACACUUGGGCCAGCUACAUAUUAUGUGACUGACACAAAGAGGUGGGCAGUUAGCAAUGUUGGAUAUUUUCUUGAGAGCAACAAUCCUCAGUAUGAAAGUUCUACAUCUUCUCACAUUACAAAUACUUCAGAUGCAAGGCUGUUCCAGACAGCACGAAAUUCUGCUUCUUCAUUAAGAUACUAUGGCUUGGGGUUGGAGAAUGGCAAUUACACUGUGAUUCUCCAGUUUUCAGAGACAGCUUUCCAAGGUUCAUUUAAGUGGAACACUCUCGGGAUACGCCUCUUUGAUAUUUAUAUCCAGGGGAAUCUUGUUUCGAAGGAUUUCAACAUACAAAAGGAGGCAGGUGGCGUCACAUUUAGAGCUGUCCAGAAGGGAUUUAAGGCUCAGGUAUCUGAAAACUAUAUUGAAAUCCAUCUUUUUUGGGCUGGGAAGGGGACUUGCUGCCUACCUUCUCGAGGUACUUAUGGACCUACUAUUUCAGCUAUCAGUGUAACUCCAGAUUUCAUACCUACUGUCAGUAACAGCCUUCCAAGCAGAAAGAAGAAUAGGACUGGUCUGAUUGUGGGGAUAAUUGUUGGUGCACUUGUAAGCUUUCUUACCAUUUUUGCAGUAUUGUGCUUUUUUCGCAGGAAAAAUGGAGCUCACACCAAGGAAGAUGAAGAUUUCCUUGGGAUAGAUGCUAGACCAUACACUUUCAGUUACAGCGAACUAAGGACUGCUACAGAUGACUUUAGUCCUAAUAAGCUUGGAGAAGGGGGAUUUGGACCUGUGUAUAAGGGAACUCUUAUUGAUGGCAGAGUAAUUGCUGUGAAGCAGCUUUCAGUAGCAUCUCAGCAAGGAAACACCCAAUUUGUAACUGAGAUUGCUACUAUAUCUUCUGUACAACACCGUAAUCUUGUGAAACUUUAUGGAUGCUGUACGGAAGGAGAUAAACGACUUCUUGUUUAUGAGUAUCUGGAAAAUGGGAGUCUCGAUCAAGCAUUAUUUGAACAAAGAAGUUUGAAUAUCGAUUGGCCAACUCGUUUUGAUAUAUGCAUGGGAAUUGCAAGAGGUAUAGCUUAUCUUCACGAGGAGUCAAGGCUUCGAAUUGUACAUAGAGAUGUGAAGGCCAGUAAUAUUUUGCUCGACUUAGAGUUUAUCCCCAAAAUUUCAGAUUUUGGUUUAGCCAAACUUUACGAUGAUAAAAAGACACAUUUAAGCACCCGUGUUGCAGGGACAUAUGGGUAUCUUGCGCCGGAGUAUGCAAUGCGUGGGCACCUUACAGAAAAGGUUGAUGUGUUUUCCUUCGGUGUUGUGGCUUUAGAGAUUGUAAGUGGCAGGCCUAAUGCUGACUCAAGCUUGGAAGAAGAGAAGCUAUAUCUUCUUGAAUGGGCUUGGCACCUACAUGAAAAGGAACGUGAUAUCGAACUGGUGGACUCGAAAUUAUCUGAGUAUAGUGAGGAAGAAGUGAAACGAAUGAUUGGAGUAGGUCUUUUGUGCAGUCAGGCAUCACCAAUGCUAAGGCCAUCAAUGUCACGUGUGGUGGCAAUGCUUUCAGGAGAUGCUGAAGUGAGCACUAUAACUUCGAGGCCGGGAUACUUGAGUGAUUGGAAAUUCGAUGACAAAACCAGCUUUAUGAGUGACAUUAAAACCGACAGAACUGAUACUAGCCUAUACAACAUUGCAACAAGCACAAGCAUGUUUGGUGAUUCACAACCUUCACCAAUGCUUGCAACUGUACCUAUGCUUCAUGAUGCUGUUGGAGAAUAGACCACAGUUGGUUCUUGCUUUAUUUUCUUCUUUCUUUCUUAUGUUUCCUAGUUCUUUUUCUUUUUGAUGAUAAACAUAAAAAAUAAAAAAUAAAAAAAUUUCUCAUAUUCUUUUACUCCGGAUCUUGUAUGUCAUAUCAUAUGGAGAUCCAGUUGCUUGUAUAUUACAAAUUUUCCUUUCUUCC